AUGACUCCUUUCUACCUCAUAGAAGAUGAUGGGUUGUCACCGCCCUUGUAUGCCGCCGACAUCUGGGCAAUUGAACAAUCCAUAGGCAAGCUCCCUUGCGAGUGUGCCGACUGCCACAAAGGCUUUUACACUGUCGAGGAUCAACACAAACCCAAUCUUUCAUAUCGCCGCAGGCUCUCCGAUGAGGAUGCGGAGCGCAGAGUGCUCUUGGCAGUGAAGAAGAUGCACAAUCUCCAAGGAGCCUUGACAGAGCGUCUUGAUGUCUUCGAUGAUGCAUUGAUGAGCCGGUGGAACAAGCGAAGCCAAGCGAAGCGUGAAGCUUUAUUAAAGGAGGCGGCCCCGGAUCUUGAAGAGAAGCAAUGGCUUAUUCCGCGGUACAGCGACCUACGCGAGCAGUGUUACAUAUUUGCGAGAUCCCAGAAGCGAAGGCGUCAACUCCUUUUGCCUUGGCUGAACGUGGAAGUCUUGCAAACUAAUCCUAUAGUUCUCUUUGCCUUGCUGCACUAUAGGACAGCCUAUUCUCCGCAGCACUGGGCAGCGUUCGAUAGCCAACAACUUGAUCACAGUUGGGCAUCUGGAUACUUCGAUGCCGACUUCUCACCAAAAUGUGUUGUCAUGUAUGGGCACAAAUACGGAUCGCUCGUGGAUUGGGAAAAGGACGCGGCCCAUCGAGCCGAAAUCCUGGGCUUCCCCCGGGCGUCCCUGGUUCUUGAAGCGCAGGCCUACCUCAUGGAAGUCCUCAACAAUAUCGUGACCAAGAUCCUCGACGGCGUCGACAUUGGACAACCCCCCCGGGUCGACAAGUGGAGAAGUCUCAUCAGCAACGCUGCGUUUAGAGAGACGGGAGUCGUCGAGUUCUGGUCUCCAUACACAAAUCAAGCCUUCUCGCCACCACCGCAGUUCGACAGUAAAUACCUAGUCUCGCUCGCCGAGACUCGACUACACGCAACAGAAGACCAUCUCGGGCACUUGCAGUGCGAUGCCGCAUACAUGCGGCGUUAUCUGAAGGUCUUAGUUGCAUCCAAAAUCGUUAAGAAGGGCUCGGAUUUCCACAAGGCCCAGAUGAUUGUGGAAACCAUCCGCCUCCAGGUGUUCAAUCAUUAUUGGUGGCGCUGGACCGAAAUGGAAUGCAGACAUGUCGACGCGGUGCGAGAUAGAUUUCGCGACAGCAUAUAUCCUGGCGUCGCCUUGCCCGUCGACUAUGACCGAGCUCUCGGUGACUUGGAACUCCUCCUUGUCAAACAGAUCCGUCUCAGGGUCUGUCACCUCAAAUAUCGCUUGCCACACACCCCAGGACUUCAAAAACACUGGAGCUUCGAGCCUAACACGCAGCCACAUUUACCCCAUAUCGGCACCUUUCAACGGACGACGCCUAUGUACGCACUAGAGUCUUUCACCAAUGACCGCCUUGACUGGUGUCUGGCCCAUUUAGUGGCAGAGCCCGACAGCAAAAUAGCCUUUGAUCCCGCCAUGCUCUUUGAUCCCGCCAUGCUCUUCGCAAUACUACAUGAGCACAUGUUGAAUAACCCGUCUGAGAGAAAUAGAUUGGAUGAAGUAGACUACCAGUUGCUCUCUGAUCUCGCAACUUGCCGUGAAAUGCUGAUGGCUGUGCGUUUCCAUAGACCGCAGAAUACAAGAUCGGCCUACGAGCUCAAUAAGAAAGAAGAGAGACACGUCUGGGCACGCGCGCCAUUCUUGAGUAGCGAAGAAGAUGUCCGUAACUACCGGGUCAUCGGGACUCCAUUUUUGAAGAACUUCCACCUUGCCAAUGCACCGACGGGUCCAAAAACUCCUGCCUGGUUGGAGAAGACCCAGCAGCUCCGCGCUGCUCUGGAGGCGUUCUGGAAAACGAUGAGAGGAUUAAUCAGGAGAGACUUUAAAAAAUUUAAUCUCAGUCCAGCAGAAGCUGACAACCUUGUCGGGGUGAUUUCGGCGAACGAGAGCGAGCAAUAUCGACAAGACAAACAGCGAGAGGACAAUGAAGUUCUCGCGGCCAUUCAUGAACGCAAUAGGCCACAACCAGUGACUAACUUCUUCAACGAGGCCGAAACCUGUUCCACGACUGCGACGAUUAUCCCACGCCUGGAGAAGACAAAAACGAGGGGUACCCCAAAGCCCCCCUUCGUGGAGGAUGAGACGCCAGGUGUACAAGCAGAAACUACCGCAGUGGUCAACGUUGCCACAAUCAAAGUGGCCAAGCAAUGGUUGGAUGUCUUUCACCCCAUGUUCCCUGAGAAGGACGGUGCCGCGAAAGAUGUAACGUGGGACAGAUUUGUCCACGCCAUGGCAGAUGCGGGAUUCACUGCCAGGAACAACGGGGGGUCACACGUGUCGUUCAAGCAGCGUGAUGGGGAGGGCAGGAUUGUCUUUCAUAGACCUCACCCUGUACCCAAGAUUGACCCCGUCAUGUUGCGGGUCAUGGCCCAGAGAAUGGCGAAGCGGUUUGGAUGGAGGCGAGAGCUGUUUGUUUUGCGCGAUGACGCCACCCAAGCUUAG